GACUGUGACAGCCGGGCUAGCGGGCGGGCGCGCGGGCAGGCGGGCUGUUGGGGCGGGGAGGUGGGACAGGGAGAGAGGGGUGGCCGCGGGGCCCGGCCGGGCUGGGGCGGGGGCCGCAGCCAUGAUCCGGGCCUUCUCGUUCCCGGUGAGCCCCGAGCGGGGUCGGCUGCGGGGCUGGCUGGAGGGCAGCCUGGCCGGGCUCUGUGAGUUGCACUGGCUCCGGGAGAGGCAGGAGUACCGCGUGCAGCAGGCGCUGCGGCUGGCCCAACCCGGAAUGGGGGGCGCCGAGGCGGAGGACGAGGAGGACGCCGACGAGGACGAAGAUGCGGCGGCCGCGCGCCGGGCCGCAGCGGCCCUGGAGGAGCAGCUGGAGGCCUUGCCCGGGCUCAUCUGGGACCUGGGCCAGCAGCUGGGAGACCUGAGCUUGGAGUCUGGGGGCCUGGAACAGGAGAGCGGGCGCAGCUCGGGCUUCUAUGAAGACCCCAGCUCCACAGGAGGUCCCGACUCACCACCCUCCACCUUCUGUGGGGACAGUGGCUUCUCCGGAUCUGGCUCCUAUGGACGCCUGGGUCCCUCUGAACCCCGGGGCAUCUAUGCCAGCGAGAGGCCCAAGUCCCUAGGAGACGCCAGUCCCAGUGCUCCGGAGGCGGUGGGUGCUCGGGCAGCUGUGCCGCGGUCCUUCUCUGCUCCCUAUCCGACGGCAGCGGGAUCUGCGGGCCCAGAAGCCUGCUCCUCUGCGGAACGGCGGGCCCGCGCGGGGCCCUUCCUGACGCCCAGCCCCCUGCACGCCGUGGCGCUGCGCAGCCCGCGGCCAGGUGGCAGACCUCCUGCGGACUCGCCCGACGCACCUGGCAAAGGGCGGCCCCUGGACGGCUACAUCUCAGCGCUCCUGCGCAGGCGCCGCCGCCGGGGGGCGGGCCAGCCCCGGACCAGUCCCGGGGGCGCGGACGGGGGCCCGCGACGCCAGAACAGCGUGCGCCAGCGGCCGCCCGACGCGUCCCCGCCCCCCGGAGGCGCGCGGCCCGCGCCUGAGCCCCCAGUGGAGCGUGCGGGGGGCCGUCCCGCCAGUCCGGCCGCCUUGGGCCGCGCCUGGGCCUCGCCUUGGGAGUCGGAGGCGGCGCCGGAGUCCGCUGCGCCGCCAGCUGUGUCCUCGCCCCCCGACAGCCCGGGCGAGGGCCGCCUGGUGAAGGCGCAGUACAUCCCCGGGGCACAGGCGGCUACCCGCGGCCUCCCUGGCCGCGCGGCCCGCCGCAAAGCGCCACCACUGACGCGGGGCCGCAGCGUGGAGCAGUCCCCACCUCGGGAGCGUCCCCGGGCUGCCGGCCGCCGCGGACGCAUGACGGAGGCGUCGGGCCGUCGGGGCUCGCCCAGGGCUCGGAAGGCCGCGCGCUCCCAGUCCGAAACCAGCCUGUUGGGCCGAGCCGCCGCGGUUCCUCCGGGACCCCCCAAGUACCCUACAGCUGAACGGGAAGAGCCUCGGCCUCCGCGGCCCCGCCGCGGCCCAGCACCCACGCUGGCCGCGCAGGCCGCGGGGUCCUGCCGCCGCUGGCGCUCCACCGCCGAGAUCGACGCAGCCGAUGGGCGCCGAGGGCGGCCCCGCGGCCCCGCGGCCCGCGGCCCCGGGCCUGGCCCAUCCCCGUCUGCUCCUCAGCGCCGGCUGCUCUAUGGCUGCGCAGGCAGCGACUCAGAGUGCUCAGCGGGGCGCUUGGGGCCCCUUGGACGCCGGGGUCCGACGGGCGGCGUUGGCGGCGGCUACGGGGAGAGUGAAUCUAGUGCCAGCGAGGGAGAGUCGCCUGCCUUCAGCUCCGCAUCCAGCGACUCAGACGGCAGCGGUGGCCUCGUGUGGCCGCAGCAGCUGGUGGCAGCCACCGCGGCCUCCGGGCCAGGGGGCGGUGCAGGUGGAGGGGCGCCAGCGGGCCCCGCCAAAGUCUUUGUGAAGAUCAAGGCUUCCCACGCGCUCAAGAAAAAGAUACUGCGUUUCCGUUCGGGUUCUCUCAAGGUCAUGACUACAGUGUGAGUUUGAGGGUUUGCGUGGGCUCCCCCUUCAUGGCCUCUGCACCCCCACACUCCCUAUCACGGACCCUUCCACACCUCCCUUCCAAAGACCACCAUUUUCUCUUCUUCCAAAGACCCUUCCUCACUGCCCCCAUCCACUGCAGUCUUGGUUGAAAAGGCUCCCCCUCCACCAUAGGGAGGAAUGGGGGAGGAGCCCAGUUUGACCCAGUUCAAUUGCUGGCUCUGCAGCCCGUGCGGCAAAAAAGUUCUAUUUCUCUGGGCCUCACUUUCCUCAUCUGUACUAUGGGUGUGCUAUGGUAUGCAGAAGGGGUAAUUCAGUUUGAAUUUCCUCAUUUUAGUUUAGACACUUAGUCUGUUUGAUGCCCUUUACUUCUCUCACUGAGCUCUUAUUCCACCUUUCUAUGCCCAGAUGUGGUUCCCCUCAUAUACAAAGUGCCCCCCAUCCAUGUCCCUGGACCCCUAGAAUAUCCCCUUGGCACCUCGGUUGGAAACUCUAUCUGACCCAGACGAUGCCUGCAGAGUUCCCUGGGAAGGGAAGGAGCACUGACCUUGGGGUUUUGAGGGUUAAGGAGGAGUUGAUAACACCUGGAAAGAAAGACUCUUUUACCUCUAUCCCUGGAUAAUUAUGGAGGGUUGGGAGGUAGAAGAGGGGAAGUAAGAUGGCAUCUAUCUCGUGCCCCCCUCCUCUCGUGCCCCAUGAGAGGGAGUGGGGGGAGCUCAGGAUGACCCUCAGCUGUUCCAAUCCAGUAUUUUUUUCUUUUUAAAAAAUUACUGUAUUUAUUAUGACGAUGGUGACUCCCCAUUGCACAGGGGGGCCAGAUAAUGUGUGUUUCUCUAACCUCUUUGUAAAUAAACGCACAAUGUUACAUA